GAAUUUCAGCUAGGGACUACGGGAAAAAAACAGCAUGAAAAUGUCAGUAGGUGGCAUCUGAAAGAAGAAGGUGGAUAAUCUCUAGAUAAUCCUGAAGCAGUUGCAGAGAUACUCAAGGUUUUGCACUGGAGAUCCCUGAUCUGAGUGCAUCUUAUCUCUAAAGCUUGCUCUGGGCAUGACAGGAGCAGACAGAGAUGGGUUACUCUAGCCAGGUGUGAGUUACAUGAUACCUAACUAGUGCUGAGGAUGUUAAUUUGAACUACUCAUCCAAUUUUACCCCUUGGUCCCAUCCACCAUAUUGCAGCACACAGAUGACAUACAAGAAUCAGUAACCUGCAAGAAAACCUUUCCCAGGUGGAACAAAUUGCAGUCAUUUACAAAUUGCACAUCCCAAACACCUGCACUGAUCUUCAGAGAGGAUUGAUAGCAGUCAUUCGCUGGCUCUUACGCUCUUAGCAGGUGUUUCUGUAGCUCUGUCCAAGCAGCAACAGGACGGGUCUUUGUGGGGCUGUGCCGAUUCUGCCUGUCUUUUCUUUAUUAAUCGAGGGGACCGAGUAUGUGGCGAUUGAACGGGUUUGGCAGAGGAUAAAACUAAGCUGGCUGGGAAGGUGAGUGCUGGUGGGAUUGACCUGAUGUGAGCCUGUCUGGGAAGUCAGUAGAAGAGGUGGCCUGCAGUCACUUGGAGUGCCACCUCAGCCCAUAGCCUGGGACAGCGGGCACAAGGCAGCACCCCGAAUGCCACGUUACCAAGCUGAUGUUAUGUUUUAGUCCUGCUCGCUCGUACAGCCUCGUGGGUUGGGGCGCAUGGGGCUCCCUCCUGUGACGGAGCGCGGCUGCCCCCCUCUGGCUGCUUUUUCCCCUACUAAAUUCUUAUCGCAAUAUACUUCUAGAAUACAGCGAAAAUGAAAUCAAACGUACCGCCUUGUUCCUUUUGGGUGUGUUUUACUGUGAUUAACUCCUUCCCAGUGCACUGAAUGUAACAAGGCGUUUAAGUGCAGAACGUUCCUGUCCACUUUGCCUAAUGAGAGCAAUCAAAUAAGGUUCCUCUUAUUGAUCAAAACCGUGUUGCAGUAGGGGACAACACUGAGAAGGAAGUGCCUCGGACCCCAGUGAUGCACAAAAGCCAGACUCCAUUUCAGCCUUCACCCUCCAGCUUCACUCCCAAAAACAGGUGUGAAGCUCUUGCAGCUAUAGAGAUGCAUAACACCUGUGCUGGUAUUUAAAUACUAGAAAACAUUUUUAUUUGAAUACUUGUUUACUAUCUUGGAUAUUCACUACAUAGCAGGUUUUGUUUUGUUUCCUUUAUGGAAAGGGCAUGCCAUAAAACUAAGGAACCAUUUAAUUGUGUUGUUAUACAUAUUUCCAACUCUAAGGAUUCUAUAUUUAGUGCUCUUUUCUCUGCCUUUUGUUCAAAUUGUUUGUAAAGGAUUUUAAUUUUGACACUGUACAGGAAAUCAGAUAUUCCUUUCUGAGGCCCUUCUACCUGAGUUCACUCUCAUGUAUUUGCCACAGGAUGUGAUUAUUACAAAUAGAUGACAGAAUUAGCUGUGGCUUAUACUUCUUUUAUAAAGCAGUUAACAUAUCAAUCAUGACAGAAAAUAACUUUAAGUGAGAACUCGAAGGAAACUAUUGCCAGUUUUAUUUAGUGCUUUCAGAAAUUUAUGUUAAACUGUAAAGCACUGUUGCUGCCCCCUGACAAGUUUCCAGAGUAGGAGAACUGGCUCUUAGAAACAAGCCAGCAGACAUGCUUGAUGCAGCAAGCCCGUGGAUUGCAGGAAUUGGCUGGCUUAGCCAAAUUCUGUCACCUCUAGCAAGAAAAGCUGCUAUGGGGCCUGGUGUGACGGUUCAGAUGGAGCAUGAGAGCCUUAUGUCAGGCAUCAGAAAGUAACGGCCCAUCAGUGUUUCAUACUAUGCAAAUAAAUCAGAACAUUUUCAAGUUCUCUUGAAGAAAUGUUCUUCUUGCAGAAAGGUAAGAGGGAGGAGAUUUCUCUGCAGUAAGUGCAAUGAUUCCAUAUUGAUGUCUUUGGUUGCCUAUUGCUGGUUGUGAGCUGUUCUGCUGACAGUCUACCUGCUUGGGGAACAUCUGUGUGCAGUGAAUGAGUGCUCAGUUCGGGAAGCAGUCUGACCUGCAUUGUUUCAUAAAGAAUUUAUUGACAGGAGAAGUUCUGGGGCUGAUUUUUGUCUUACCAUAUCGUGCUGUAUCCACUGUGAUGGUGGUUUCUGGGUUUAGAAAUAAACCUGCCUUCUAGAGUGUUUCUUCUAGGCCCACUGAAAAACUGACUUCAUCACAGAAAAGGAUUGGAGAAAAGAAAUUCUGUUUGCUGGCUUUCACAAGAAUGGAUGGUUGGUGAAUAAAUGAAUACAUAUGAGGUAAGGGCAGAAAGGUGCUAUCAGAAAAAUGCUGGAUGCCAUCAUCUAGUAGGUGAGAAAAGGGGAUGUCUGCAUUCAGCUGGCCUGGCAAUGUCACCUGCAUGAACGUGACAGCCAAGGGAAAAUAUACCUGCUUGUACCUUUGAGCCCUGCGGCCCUACAGCUACAAACCUGGGUAGUCAGGAAAAGCACCUCCCCAUGGAGAACUGCUUGCAAAAGUCUUGAGAAGGGACCAGUCUAUAUGUUCCUUUACCAUCUUACUGCAGCACCUGUGAGAUGUGGGACUACUUAUUGCUGCUACCUGGUGGGUAAACACCAUCACCCCCUUGCUCUUGUGCUUUGCAGUUUUGUUGUGAUUUGUGGUUUGCAGCAGAGCAAGCAGGCACUGCAGGGCUUGUGGGAGUUCUGCAAAAGUUGAAGAACUCAGCUCCUGGCUUGCAAAGCAAACACUGGAACUUUACUCUCACUUUCUGCUCCUGCCUGUAGUAAUGACUUAGCAAGGAGGAAGCUGUGACCGGGAUCGCUUUAAGGCCAAACCCAGCUUCUCGCUGAGAGCCCGGUUUCCAGAGCUGCUAACCCUCCGAGCCAGGGCUGCCGGCGCCACCUGGUGACAAGCUCUUUAUUCUUCAACCCUUCCCUAGAAGUUCAGACCUUCCUCCGGAGCAGAGGGUCUGUCUGACUGUGCCCACCGUGUGUCCGCUCCGGUGGCCUUCUCUCGGGCACCCGCUGUGGUUCCCGGUCGGAGCCCAUCUGUGCUGCAGGUGGCCCGAGGGGUCCGAUUGAAUCCCAGCUACCCCCUCCUCCCUGCAGCUUUGGCACUGUCUCCUGGCAGCCUCCUGUUGCCACAGCCCCACUAGGGUCUGUCACCUUGGUUAGGAGCAGGGCUGUGUCACUGUAGGGCUGACGGUGGUUCUUAUGGUGGUUGGUGCCACCCUCCCAUACGUGUCACCAGCUGAGCUGGUAUAAAACAGAGGGUGCGUGCUCUCUGUGGGAUGCUGGUCAUGUACCCUCUCUGAGGCAGCCGUGCUGUUUGGCAUUGACUGAUUCCCUCUCUGCUAGCUCACAGCUCCAGCUGGGGCAGGCUACCUCCACAGCUCCAGCUGAUAAGCACUUCUGCUGCCAGUGAAUAGCCAUGAGUUCUUCUCACCUAAGCAACAGAGCUGAGAGCCGCUUUCGAUCCCCAGAGGAGCAUGAACUGGAGGCUGUGGGGAAGAAAGCCUGGGAUAAUCCUGCCUACAGUGGCUCCCCCUCUACCUCCUUGAAGAUUCGAGCCAUCUACAACCCCAAAUCAAUUCUGGAGAAUCCCUAUGAGAGCUUUGAAGAGGCGAGGGAUCCGGUGCCAUACCAGGAGGAACAGAACAGAAUUUCCCAGGAGGGGAAGACAAGUCCUUUCCUCAAGUGCUGCUUCUACAUCUUCAGAGGCAUCCGAGGUCUGUGGGGCACUACGCUAACUGAGAACACAGCUGAAAACAGAGAACUUUAUGUGAAGACGACUCUGCGAGAGCUCCUAGUCUACAUUGUGUUCUUGGUGGACAUCUGUCUGCUGACAUAUGGUAUGACAAGUUCCAAUGCCUAUUACUACACAAAAGUGAUGUCUGAGCUAUUCCUGCAGACCUCUUCAGACAACCGUGUCUCCUUCCAGUCCAUUGGCAGCAUGGCUGACUUCUGGGUGUAUGCACAAGGUCCUCUUCUGGAUAAUCUUUACUGGACAAAGUGGUACAACAACGAGUCCCUAGCAGCGCACAACUCUCAGUCAUACAUCUAUUAUGAGAAUCUGUUACUGGGUGUCCCACGCAUGCGACAGCUGAAGGUAAAGAACAAUUCCUGUGUGGUUCAUGAUGACUUCAAACAGGAGAUCUCGGGCUGCUAUGAUGUAUACUCAGAAGACAAAGAGGAAAAAGUCUCCUUUGGACUCACCAAUGGAACAGCGUGGAGGUACCAUUCUGAGGAAGAGCUGGGUGGCUCAUCUCACUGGGGAAGACUAACCAGUUACAGUGGGGGAGGAUACUAUAUAGACCUCAAGUUGACGAGAGAAGAGAGUGCUGAAGCCCUGCAAGUCUUGAAGGAGAAAUUAUGGUUGGAUCGGGGGACACGAGUUGUCUUCAUUGAUUUCUCGGUGUAUAACGCAAAUAUCAAUCUGUUCUGUGUUCUGAGGUUAGUGGUGGAGUUUCCAGCCACUGGUGGUGCCAUUCCCUCCUGGCAAAUCCGGACAGUCAAGCUUAUACGAUAUGUCAGUGCAUGGGAUUUUUUCAUUGUUGCCUGUGAAAUUGUUUUCUGUGUCUUCAUCUUUUACUAUGUGGUGGAGGAGAUUUUGGAGCUGCGUAUCCACAGGCUUCAGUACUUUACCAGCAUAUGGAACAUCUUGGAUGUGGUUGUCAUUCUGCUCUCCAUUGUUGCUAUUGGAUUUCACAUCUUUCGUACCAUAGAGGUGAACAGACUGUUGGGGGAGCUGCUGAAACAUCCUGAAACCUACGCGGACUUUGAGUUCCUAGCAUUCUGGCAGACUCAGUACAAUAAUAUGAAUGCAGUCAACUUAUUCUUUGCCUGGAUCAAGAUAUUCAAGUAUAUUAGCUUUAAUAAAACAAUGACUCAGCUGUCCUCCACGUUGGCACGUUGUGCCAAGGACAUCCUGGGCUUUGCCAUUAUGUUCUUUAUUGUCUUCUUUGCUUAUGCCCAGUUGGGUUACCUUCUUUUUGGGACACAAGUGGAAAACUUCAGUACCUUUGUUAAAUGCAUCUUCACCCAAUUUCGGAUCAUUCUUGGUGACUUUGACUACAAUUCCAUUGACAAUGCCAACAGGAUCCUUGGGCCUGUUUAUUUUGUCACCUACGUGUUCUUUGUUUUCUUUGUGCUCCUGAACAUGUUUCUGGCCAUCAUCAAUGAUACCUACUCAGAAGUCAAGGAGGAACUUUCAAGCCAGAAAGAUGAGCUGCAGCUCUCGGACAUCUUGAAGCAGAGCUACAACCGGACGCUUAUGAGGUUGAAGCUGAAAAAGGAACGGAUUUCUGAUGUGCAGAAAGCACUGCAGAAUGGAACAAAAGAACUGGGCUUUGAGGACUUCAAGAACAGCUUGAAGGAACUGGGCCAUGCAGACCAUGAGAUCACAGCAGCCUUCUCCAGGUUUGACAAAGAUGGCAACCACAUCCUUGAUGAAGAAGAACAACAGCAGAUGAAGCAUGACCUAGAGGCAAAAAGGGUUGCUCUGAAUACAGAGAUUGAAAAUUUAGGGAAAUCCUAUGGUGGCAACAACUUGGAUGAGAAUCCGUCCUACAUGGAAGCAAAGAAUAACCAUGCCAAUAAGGCCAGCUGGGUCUCCAAAGAAGAGUUCCAAGUACUCCUGCAACGUGUGCUGCAUCUGGAACAGUCCAUACACAACAUUGGCUCCAAGAUUGAUGCAGUGGUAAGCAAACUAGAAGUGCUGGAGAGAAACAAGCUGAAAACGAAGGAUUUGAUGGGCAAGCCACUGGAUAACGGUAGGAAGGAGGAAGAACCCAGUCAGGAAGAACUGCUCUCCCAGAGCCUGGACCAGCUGGGGAAAGAAGCAGCAGAAGACUGGGGAGUGGAAUAUGUACAGGGAAAUAACCCAAGUUGCAUCUCUUCUCAGAAUGGGAUCUGCCCAAUCUUGCUCAGGUCAAGUGUACCAGGGUCUCAGGCACCCAAGAACAUCCAGUCACAGUUGUGAUGAGCGCUUCUAGCAAACAGUCCAGUGUUCCCAGUCUGGCUUCUACAGUACUAUGUCACUGUCAGUUGUUUUUCCCACUGUUAGAAUAGUCAGAACAGCUGAACGCAGGCACCACUGUUGCCAGAGACUGGUGAUGUGAAAAAUUGGUGCCGCUCUUUUCCAGUGUAGUGAUGCACAGACCUAGAACUUCUGGCCCCUGUGUCUCUGGACUAGUUAGAAAUUUGGAACCAGGUAUUGCAUUAGGUUUCUGUCUCUGAACAAGACAACUCAGAGUGCUUCUACCUAUAUUUUCCCAAGAUGUAAAGGCUCAGAGCUCUGGAAGUACUUGGAUCCAGAAUGGGAAACUGCAAGUCGUUCCCCACAAGCACAUGCCUGCUUUCUCAAUUGUGAGGAAAAGUUGAGGUAAUCAUGUUAACAAAGCAGAAUAUAAUCAUUAGUGUGAGACAGAAAGGAGAAAAUAGUUGCAUCUACAUGGUUACCACUAACUUUGUUCUGUUGUAAUUUGCAUCCAGAACAUUUUGGUAACCCUCUUUGGUUACCAAAGAUUCAGAUGUUGGAAAAAAUAGGGUAUAAAUGCCUCAGUCGAGAUAAUUAAAAUGAGAGUUUACUCCCAGUGUAUUAGGAGGAGAUCUGAAACUGAAGAAGCAGCUGUUAGUGAUAUUCUGAGGUCUGAAUGUUGGGGAACAGAUUUCUUACACUGGAUCAGCCCUGCCCUGGAUAGGCCAGGCUCUAGAGUGGUCACAGCUAUACGGUAGUGUUGACAAACUGAAGAAGAGGGUCAUUCAGUUGCAAGAUUCCAGCAGGAGCUGUGAGCCCCUGUCACGCAGCCUACAGGGAGCUUAGAUUUCAGCUAGGAUCUGCAGGUUCUUGCAUCUUGGUUUCCCAUCAGCUGCUUCUGCUGCUGGGGACAAGACUUCUCUGUGAGAUACUGCCAUGGUUCUUGACUCAAAGUUUUAUUGGAUUCAGAAUUGAGCAUAAGCUCUUUGCCUUCAGCUUUUCCAGCUGAACUCAGAACAAUGAUGUUGCUUAUUUCCCUCUACUCACAGCACUGAAACCAUUAUCUUAUGCAGGACAAAAUGGCUUAUGUCAGGGACCUGGGAACUUAAAUUAAAAUUUUCAUAAACAAAAAAUCCACAUGCUAAAUUAUAAUCCAGAAAAGAAACUAUGCACUUCUAGCAGACUUGAAUUGCACGUGCACCCAUUACCAGUGUGAGAACUGAAGCAUGUUAUGGACUGCAGGUGAAAAUGUUUAAUGCUCUGCAUGUCAAGAAGUACAUAAGCUCUUCUGUUAAAUCACUUGGAAAGACCCUGUUUGAGAUCCUGACUCAUUAGCAGACCGUUGUUACUGAGGCUUAGCUGCAAAAACAAAAUUACAGACCUCUCUUUUGAAAUCUGUGGAGGGAAGAGAUGAUGGAAAAUGUGUUGCUGGCUGAGGCUCAGCUCCUGACAACAACUGCUGUGGGGUAAACAGGAUCCUGACACAAGGUGCUGCCCAAAGCAGGAAUGUAAGGCCUUGCUUUAUAAAGCCUUAGAUCUCACACAAGCAGAGCGCUACUUCAUUCUGUCCAGUGGAAAAGGUGGCACAAGCUCUUUGUUGGCACUGUUCCAGUCCCCAUCCUGUGCUUUGCCUGCUGCAGCAGGGAUGCUUCAGGCACUGCAGAGCAGGACAUAGCCCUGCUGUCACUGGCCAGACAGAGGCUAGCUCCUGGUGGGCAUCCUUUCUGCACAGAGACACCCUGCAUCUGGGAAGGCAGGAGGGGCAAAAGGACAGCGAUGCAGCAGCUGGGCUCAGAACCACACAGUAGGAAAAUCAGCCACAGGCAGGUCACAGGUAACACAGGCUGCUAUUUAGGGCAGUAGGCUACUAGAGGAGCAAAGUGGUCACAUUGCAUGGCUGAGUUUGUUCAUGCCUGAACCCUGGGAAGCCAUCUUUCCCCUCUGAAGGGUAAGCAUAGAGCCUCCACACUCUGAGUAGAUCUUUUGCCCAGCUCUAGCUGGGAGCAGAUAAGAAACACAGGCUGCAGUGGUUUCCUGGGUUUCAGCUAGUGCUCCUUCCCCUAUCACCUGGUGUUUUCUCAGAAAGACCACCCCCUAUGCCACAUGCUGUGAUUUCAGUUGUGCCAGUAUCACCAAGUGUGAAACAACUUCUGUCACCAGUAAUGCCUAUGCUGCAUUGUCUUCUCUCUUGCUUGUACCUCUGCAUGUAACUGCCUUGUCUGUGCUGUGACGUGCUAUAAAUACGUCAUUGUAAACAAUGUGGCCUAGAGUUAGCAAGGCAAUUACUUGUCUCCAGCAAUUGCUUGUGUGUAAUACUCAAUUGUGUGUUCAAGCUCGUUGAGAACAUAAAUACACUGAACAGUAAGUUUAUGCAAGUGCUAUUUUCAAAUGGAUGUUGUAAGGCCUCCUGGCAGCCACUGGUGUUAUUUAGAUAAUUCAUGUCUCAUGGGGGAAGUAAAGUGCUUUUUCCUCAACAGUGGGAGCAGAGCUGUACUUUGUUCGCUUUGGACACUGGCUGAAGUGUCUGACAGGAAGCCCCUGCCUUAAAGAAAAUUGCUGCGUGCUGGGGUGGUUAAAGAGCUCACUGAGACAGCUGGGAGACAAAGCAGUGUCACAGCCAUACUGCCAAAGUACUUGUGGGGUGUGGGGAGCCUCACGGCCUUGGAGGAGAGGCAGGGCACGGGUGUCUGAAACUGGUUGUGGGUCACCUGCCAGAGGCAGCCCAAUCCAGCAUGGGUUGUGAGCAUGAAAAUCUCCUGAAAUGUCUUCUCAGUGUAUCCCUCAGGAUGCAUUUGUCUCACCAGUGAACAGGUC